AUGAUAGAUGUCCUUAAUUCAGUGUUUAUUUUCUUUGACAGUUCCCCUAAACGACAAGGGUUUCUUGAGACUAUUAUAGAAAAUGAUGGGUCUGUAGAUUCUUCCAGAAAGAAACUAGUUCGACUCUGUAGGUGGGUUGAGCGUCAUAUCUGCUUUGAUGUGUUCUACACUAUGUACAAGUUCGUCAUCAAAUGUCUGCAGCACAUUCUCAAUCAAAACCUUGAUGAAAGUACCAGUGAAGACUGGUCUUGGGAUAGACAAAUUAAAGUGACCGCACAAGGGCUUUUGGCUUCAAUGACGUCCUUUUCUAUGUUGAUAACAUUUGUGUUUGUAAGGUAUGUCCUAGAUACAAUAAAGCCUUUGACUCUUAAACUUCAGAAAAGAGAUAUUGACAUUUUCACUGCAAAUAAGUUAAUUGAGGAACACGUGGAUAGGAUCAAAGAAAUUCGUAGAGCGGUAGGUACCGAAUUGGAGUCUUGCUUUAAAGAUGCAAAACAAAUUGCAGACGACCUUGAUAUAGUGAUCAAAACCCCAAGGGUUUGCUCCAAGCAGCAACACAGAGAAAAUGUCUCCACAAGUAAUCCAAAAGAUUAUUUUAGAUCUGUCGUGGCCAUUCCAUUUCUGGACUUUUUCCUCAGUGAAUUAAAUACGAGGUUUCAGAAAGAAGAUCUGGCGGCAUAUUUGAUAUGGUUUUUGUUGCCUGUCAAUGUGACAAAUAUUUCACACGAGGAAUUGUCCAAACUUGCCUCAGAACUAAUAUUUUGGGGGAGCGACCUGUCUUGUCUUUCUGUAAAGGACUUGGAGAAAGAACUCAGAGAUUGGAGACGUUAUUGUGUUAACAUGAGCAAAGAAACUUCAGACAAGCUCUGCAAUCUGCUCAAUCUUUUCAACUUUGUAGAUGGGGACGUUUUCCCGAACGUGAAAAUUCUUCUUCACAUUGGAUGUGUUUUACCUAUCACAACAUGUGAGGCCGAAAGAUCCUUUUCUGGAUUAAGACGCAUCAAGAGUUACAUGCGCAGUACUAUGCAAGAGGACAGAUUGACUGGGCUUGCACUAAUGCAUCUUCACCAUUCAUUAGAAAUUGACCAAAAGGAAAUUGUACAAUCAUUUAUCAGGCAAGGAAAACGAAGACUAUUUCAGUCAAGUCUCUUUAGCUAA